AUGGCCAGCACGUUAAGCCCCAGUACCGUGACUGAGACCCCAGGCCCUCCUGAGAUAUCAGAGCGCAUCCAAAAUGCUGCCAACAUCUCUAUCAUUGUCAUCUAUUUCAUGGUGGUGAUGGCUGUCGGGCUGUGGGCGACGCUGAGGACUAACUGGGGCACUGUUGGAGGCUUCUUCCCGGCUGGUCGAGAGGUGACCUGGUGGCCGAUGGGCGUCUCACUUUUCACCAGUAACAUCGGCAGUGGCCACCUCGUGGGGCUGGUGGGUACAGGAGAGGCUUCCAGAAUUGCCAUUUCAGCAUUUGAAUGGAAUGCCUUGCUGCUGUUGUUGGUUCUAGGGUGGUUCUUUGUCCCCAUAUAUAUCAAGGCAGGGGUGAUGACCAUGCCGGAAUAUCUGAGGAAGCGGUUUGGUGGGAAGCGACUCCAGAUCUACCUCUUUGUCCUCUCCCUGUUCAUCUGUGUGGCUUUGAGAAUCUCAUCAGACAUAUUUUCUGGAGCCAUAUUCAUCAAGCCGGCCUUGGGAUUGGACCUUCACCUGGCAAUCUUCAUCCUCUUGGCGAUCACAGCUAUUUACACAGUCACUGAGGGCUUGGCCUCGGUUAUUUACACAGACACCCUCCAAACGAUCAUCAUGCUGAUAGGUUCUUUUAUUUUCAUGGGGUUUGCUUUUGCCAAAGUCGGAGGCUACGAGAGUUUUACAGAGAAGUACAUGAAUGCCAUCCCAACCAUAGUCGAAGGGGACAACCUGACAAUCAGCCCCAAGUGCUACACUCCUCGGGGAGACUCCUUCCAUGUGUUCCGAGAUGCUGCCACUAGGGAUAUUCCAUGGCCAGGAACAAUAUUUGGAAUGACCUUCAUAGCUGUGUGGUACUGGUGCACAGAUCAGUUGGUAGUAUAUACAUGUCUGUGCUACUCUCCUCUCAACCAUGAUCUUACGACUUGUCUCUAUGUCCAGUGGUUGUAGAUCUUACCUCUUUGGGCCCCACUCACUGAACCCACUUAUCUGAAUCCCCCCUUAGAGAAGGUGGCCUGUGUUAUAUCUUCUGAAUGUGUGAAACACUGUGGCACUGAAGUCGGCUGCUCUAACUAUGCUUACCUAAUGCUGGUGAUGGAACUGAUGCCCAAAGGACUGUGAGGCCUGAUGCUGUCGGUCAUGUUGGCCUCUCUCAGGAGCUCCCUGACCUCCAUCUUCAACAGUGCCAACACCCUCUUCACCACUGACACCUAUACCAAGAUUAGGAAGCAGGCAUCAGAGAAAGAGCUCCUUAUAGCUGGACACCUAUUUAUCCUUCUAUUAAUUGUCAUCAGCACUGUGUGGGUCCCCUUAGUACCGGUUGCAAAUGGACAACUGUUCCAUUACAUAGCAUCCAUUUCUAGCUACCUUGGGCCACCAAUUGCAGUUGUCUUCCUGUUUGCCAUCUUCUGUAAGAGAGUCAAUGAACAGGGUGCCUUCUGGGGUCUAGUUACUGGAUUUGUGAUUGGCCUCAUUCGUCUGAUCGUGGAGUUUGCCUAUGGAACAGGGAGCUGCCUGGCUGCCAGUCACUGCCCCCAGGUCAUCUGCGGGGGGCACUAUCUGUACUUCGCCCUCUUUCUCUUUUUUGUUUCCAUACUGGUCACCCUGGGAAUUUCCCUGUUAACAAAACCCACUCCUGAUGUACAUGUGAGUAACGAGGGAUAG